GCUUGAAUUACCUCGUGCGCAGUAGGGUGAACAAACAGGAAGUUGACAGUCACAAAGGGCCAGUGCAUAAACGAUCUAGACAGAGCUUGGAAUUCAUUAUUUCACAAACAACUCCAGCAUGAGUACACCCAGAUACGAACGGUUUGAUAAGGUUGAUAAAACGCCAACAUUUCCAAUCGGUCAUCCACCACCAUAUGAACAGGCAUCUCUGCCGAUGCAGUCACAAGGAUUUUCAGCCACCACCAUCACAAACGUUGUUGUUCAACAACCACAGGCAACCGGCCCAGUGACAGAACAGAGUCGUGUGCCUCAAGACUACUUGGUAUGGUCUAUAUUGACCUGUUUUUUCUGCUGCUGUCCUAUUGGAUUAUGGGCAAUCAGCGCUUCUAUUAGAGCCCGAGCUAAGCUUGAAGAUGGAGACAUCGAAGAGGCUCGUUCCAGUUCACGAUGUGCGCUAGGAUUAAACGUCUUCGGCACUCUUGGCGGCAUCGCUUUUAUGAUUGUUUUCUCAAUCACUUAUAUGCAUGUUUACAAAUGACUGUCACAAGAAAAAGCAUUGACGAUGACAAAGGCAUACGCAUUCUUUUGUAUAUAGUGUAACAUAGCAAACAGCACGAAUGUAACUGUUUCUUAUACCGACGUUCUUGCUGCUUGAUUUUGGUUUUUGAUAUAUACAUAUAUUAAAAUUGUGUGUGGUUGGUAAUAAAAAAAUUGACGCUAAUUGACGUUAAUAACUAAGAAUGAGGUAUCAAAAUAAUCUACACACUGAAUACCAAAUCGACUUUCUGCUUGAGACUAUGUUGAAUAUGAUAAUAAUCUUUCCAAUUAACCUUGUUUUACAUAUUAACUUAUUGGGAAAAUGAUUACUGUAACCGCCCCAUCCUUACCAUGGCACUUUGGAAGAGGCGAGUAAACACUUCGGAAUUCCAAUAUGAUAUAUUACAAGCGCACUCCGUAUAACAAUAUCAAUUACUCUUCACACUUUGACCUGUUAAUGUCGUCAACCAACUGCGUUCAUGUGAAACUAUAUCCCAAUACUUAGCUUUUGUAUUGGUUCAAAAUCUUGCAUUUAAUAUAUUAAUGUUAUAUUAUUGAUAUAUAUAUAUGAAUUUCGAAUCAGCCAGGACAUUUAACAAUCGUAGGUACGAUAAACUGAUUAAUUAAUGGCGCAUUAACCACCGAUUUUUCCAUUUAUUUGAUUCCGUAUAUAAUACUACAUAUAAACGAAAUAUCCCCACAGACUACUCUCACAUUUAAAGAGACAACUGCAAUGAAGUCUGUGUGACAUAUCUGAUAAUAUGUUUUGCUGGUUUGCAAUAUCAUACGUUUGAUGUCCGAUUUUUUUAUCGUUUUAGGCUAUCAUAUGAGCGAGCAUUACAGAUGAUAAUGUUGGGUCUAUUUCAAGUGUUGUUUUGUUUCUUCCCUUGAAAAACGAAUCCAUUUUGUGCAGCCCUUCAUUAACAAUACUAUCACACCUGUCAUCUCAAAACAUCGGGAUCACGUGGUAUUGCAUGAUUACCAGGAAGUCUGUUCUGCAGGUAGCUCCAUACUUAUACACAAACUAUUUUUACAUCCAAAAGUGUAGGCUGAUUGUUUGAACAACAUUCAUUGCACCUGUUAUUCUUUGCAUAAUAUUAUACUUUAAAUGCAUCUAAUGUGACUGUAAGAUAAUGCAUUAACAUAUAAACAAAACUACAUUAACUGGGUAUCAAACAAGAGCUCUUGGUUUCAAAGGUUCAUAUUAACCUAUAAUUUCAUCGAAUCAGGAAAACUGGAUACUUACAUCUUUGAUAAGAUUCAUCAGUUUGGUACAAGGUUUAUUUUUAUACAAAAAGUAAAGACACGCAUUGUUACCUAUAUUAAUGGUGUACAGAUUAAACUUGUAUUUACUGAAUACUUACAUCUUUGAUAAGAUUCAUCGGAUGUUGGUAUAUACAAGGUUAUCCUUCAUACAGGUAAAACGUGUAUAUACUGCAUACUACCAUUUGGAGAAACCUGUAUUGAGAUAUUGAGAAAUCUAAUAAACGCAUUGCUUUUAACUUUA